UCAUCUCAGUGAAGCCACAGAAGCUUGAACAUGUCUGGACGAGGAAAGACCGGCGGUAAAACCCGCGCUAAGGCCAAGACCCGCUCCUCCCGGGCCGGGCUGCAGUUCCCGGUGGGCCGCGUCCACAGGCUGCUCCGCAAGGGGAACUACGCGCACCGCGUGGGAGCCGGAGCUCCGGUGUACCUGGCCGCUGUGCUCGAGUACCUGACCGCUGAGAUCCUGGAGCUCGCCGGGAACGCGGCCCGCGACAACAAGAAGUCCCGCAUCAUCCCCCGCCACCUGCAGCUCGCCGUCCGCAACGACGAGGAGCUCAACAAGCUGCUGGGGGGGGUCACCAUCGCUCAGGGCGGGGUUCUGCCCAACAUCCAGGCGGUGCUGCUGCCCAAGAAGACCGAGAAGGCCGCCGGCAAGAAGUGAGCCGCGCCCCGGUCCUCACCACCACCCAACGGCUCUUUUAAGAGCCACUCACCGGCCCUGAAGAGCUGAUUGUCCCCCUUAGAAACACCAGUUUACCGCUGCAACACAAAGUACAGAUCCUGGAUCGUCCAGUUCAAACUGAGAAACUAACA